AUGUCGGCAGAUCGGUGGUUGGUGCCGGAGCCGACCGCCAGCAUCCCGCCGGCAGCCGACGGUCUUCUUGCCGGGCGGCGCACCGACGACAGGAUGUCGUCGCGGAAGCCUCAUCGGAUAAAGAAGUAGAGAAACGCGCAGAGGUCUCCUUGGCCCUAUCGGAUGGCGCCAGACACCAUCCGCCCGGACGCCGACGGUCUACCCGCUGGCCGGCGGUCCAACGACACAACGAGGUGAUGACGGUUCGAGAGGUCAAAUGCGAAAGAGCGCGGAAGAGGACCGUUUGCGCCGGUGGUCUGGCGCAGUCCACUCGGAGGCGGCAUGAUUGCCGGUGUCACUGAGCGAGGACGCCACGGACCCUUCCUCUCCCUCUUCUAA